AUGACACGAAAUGGAUCAACGGAUGUGCAUGAGCGCUCGUUGCUGAUCCACCCUCGCACCUAUUCUGAAGGGUAUCACCACUCUGAGGCACCUUACAGAGAUGACCCUCGCUUCUGGGUUAGAUGGCCUGCGCACUUUGCGCAUUUGACCUGGGAAACUCUGACCAAUAACUACGUCAACGUCCUGCUGGUCUUUGUCCCCCUGGGCAUUGUCGCUGGUGUCCUGGAAUGGAGUGCUGCGACUGUCUUUGUGCUAAACUUCCUUGCCAUCAUGCCAUUGGCUUCAUUGUUGAGCUUCGCUACUGAGGAGCUUGCUGCCACUAUGGGACAGACGCUGGGUGGCUUGAUGAAUGCGACUUUUGGAAAUGCAGUCGAAUUGAUUGUCAGCAUCAUCGCAUUAAAAGACAACCAGAUUCGCGUUGUCCAAGCCAGUAUGCUCGGAAGUAUCCUGUCUAACAUAUUGCUCGUUCUCGGCUGCUGUUUCUUGAUUGGUGGUCUUCGUUAUCCCGAGCAGGGAUUCAACUCUACCGUCGCUUCCACCAUGUCCUCCUUGAUGGCUGUUGCGUCGGCCUCUCUUAUCAUCCCCGCAUCGCUUUUUGCAGCCAUGUCCGAUUCUUACCAGACCGCACCUGAGGAUACAAGGAAAAGCAUUCUUCUACUCUCCCGCGGCACUGCAAUUAUUCUCUUACUUCUCUAUGUCAUGUACUUAGUCUUCCAACUCAAGACCCACGCAAAGCUCUUCGAGGAAUCAUCUUCCAGCGACGCCGAAGGCCAGCAAGCUGAGGCUGAAGAUGAACCCGAAGAGCAUAUUCUUAAUCCUUUAGCAGCCGGUAUUGCUUUGGUCAUUGUUACGGUGCUGGUUGCUGUCUGUGCCGAGUAUCUUGUCGGCAGUAUUGAGGGUAUUGUCGAAAAGACCGGCAUGAGCAAGACAUUCAUAGGUUUGGUUCUUAUUCCGAUCGUGGGUAAUGCUGCUGAGCAUGUCACUGCUGUCGUCGUGGCGUUCAAGAACAAAAUGGACCUCGCGAUUGGUGUUGCUAUUGGAAGCAGUCUACAGAUUGCUCUCUUUGUCACUCCAUUCCUCGUCAUUCUUGGUUGGAUUAUGGGCAUUGAAAUGACUUUGCACUUUCAUAUCUUUGAAACAGUUUCCUUUUUCAUUUCUGCUUUGGUGGUUAUAUUCCUCAUUCAAGAUGGAAAGUCGAACUACUUGGAGGGUGGAUUGUGUUUGGGAAUGUACGCCAUUUUGGCGAUCGCUUUCUAUGUCUACCCAGACGACACUGCUCGGCAAUCUGUAGACCAGCAUACUGAAAUCAUCUUGAAAAUUGAAAAAUUUACUGGAGAUUCGAUUGGGUACAAAAUGGCGCCACGCAUCAAUCUCUUCGCCGCGAGAAAUGUUCUCCGCCAACAGUAUCAAUCGCUCACCAUCACGUCUCGCCAGAGCACACAAACCCCUAUCAAUUGGAGCAAUGGACGAACCUCAUAUAUGAAGGAAACCUCUCGCCGGUUAUACUCGUCCACGCCUGAGAAGGAUAUCCCUGAGCAGGUCGAGCAGCCAAAGGGCCCGACUCAGGAUGCAUUACCUCAUGUCAGCGAGGAGGCUGUUGCCAUUGAUAAGAUUAUGCACGGAAAGAAGUGUGAUGGAAGUGCGCCUGGAUCACCGGAACUCGAGCAAGGCACACCAAUUGAGGAGAUUAUGAAACGAGACGAAGACGCCCUCAAAUACGCACCCAAGGUCAUCCGCGAUCAGGCAGCCAAGAAAGGAACUCGAUCCUAUUCCACAUCCGCCAGACUCUUCCAAGAAGUCACACAACAACCCACAGGAGCCGAGGACCCAUCGAUAGCCACCGUCGCAAGCAUGAUCGAUCUUGCCACAGAACGGGCUGCUGAGAACCUCCCAGGCCUCAAGUUCGGCAUGCCUGCACCUCUGCCCAAGACGGAGAAUUACAAGCGACGAUAUGACCCUGUUGUUGAGCAAUUUACGAAAUUGCUUAUGGAGGAUGGUAAACUUAGUCGUGCACAGAAGGAUAUGGAAUUCGUCCUCGAUACUCUGCGCACCUCGGCCCCUCCCAAGAUCGACCCAAGACGACGCCUUCUUACAUCUCUACCGAGCCCUCAGCUUCCACUUAACCCGGUGAUAUAUCUCAACCUCCUCGUCGACUCUGUUUGCCCUCUGAUCAAAAUCCGUCAACAGAAAGGUUUAGCUGGUGGUGGUGCCUCAGUGCCCAUGCCUGUUCCCCUGGCGAUGCGCCAGAGACGCCGGACGGCUAUCCGAUGGAUUUUGGAGGCUGCAGAGAAGAGAAAGGAUGGCAAGUUGGCGGCUCGCGUUGCUAAUGAGCUUCUUGCCGUUGCGGAGGGACGAAGCGGUUACGGGUCGAGUCCCACUUUCGAUCAGUUUUCACCGCUCGAGCAAUCAAACGCCGUGGCGUCUCAGAACAUUGAGCUUGUCUCGCUCGAGGCCGGUCCUCCUUCUGCUACUCGAAAUACUCAGACUACUCGACUUUCUACUGAGCGCGUCACACCACACACAUCCUCGACAAUUCACCGUCGCACAGCGACAGGGAUAAAUUUCGUAUUCGUUCCACAUGACGAUAAAGCUAGCAUACACAGCGGAAGUCAAGAUCACGAGGGAACCGGGCUUUCACAAUUACACUCCGAGGGUGUGAAUCCGGCGCAGCCGCAGAAUAUCAGCUGCAAGUCAAAUAUCGGUCGACGACCUCAUAUACUUUGGGCAAAAGCUCUUGAUACGCGACAUCGCGGGCUCGACAAGUUCCAUUUACGGAUAGGAUACGMCCCCGCCAAUAUGAAGUUCUCGCAUAGUCUUCAGUUUAAUUCGGUGCCAGAAUGGAGUACUUAUUAUAUUGCAUAUGAUAACCUCAAGAAAUUAAUUUACAGUCUCGAAAAGCAGAUACACCACUCCGACGGCCAUGGCGCGGUUGACUCCGAGUCCUCUCCCCUCCUCGAUACAUCAGUUGACACGGACACCAUCUUCCGACGAGCGCUAGACGCAGAGUUAGAGAAAAUCUGCUCCUUCUACCAGAUCAAAGAACUCACGAUUUUUGGCGAGGUGGAGGAUGUUCUCAAGGAGCUGGCAGAGUACAAAGAUAGUACGGAUGGAUUGGCUAUGGAGCCUGUGACGGAGGCUGUGGUUAAGUCUCGAACGUUGAGUAUUGGAUCACGGCCGCGGACGGGGAGUAUCCUGCAUUCGUUGGGGCUGGGUCCAAAUCGGCGCGAGAGUACGAUUAGUGAUGACGAUGACGAGGAUGACCACGAUAGCGAUGACCUUGAGUCUCCCGUCGAAGAGAAUCACAGACCCGGGUCUCGACAUCCAUCGCAUGCGGGACGAUUUCAGGAUGCUGUCGGUGGUGACAGAUCGGAGGGGUACACGAGCGAAAUGGGCGAUUCCCGAUUGUGGCAUUUCGGCAACUCGCGUCUUGAUGACGGGCAGCAUGAUCCUCAUGUGUUGGAUCUUUAUAAUGCGGGCAUUGCUUUGAAGAAACGCGUGAUUAGUGUCUAUGUCUCGUUGUGCGAGUUGAAGUCUUACAUACAACUAAACAAAACGGGGUUUUCUAAGGCGUUGAAGAAGUACGACAAGAUUCUGGAUCGCAACUUGCGAAGGGAUUAUAUCAAUGGCACUGUUUCGCCGGCUUAUCCUUUUACGGAUGCAACGGCAGAGCACGUGGACGAGAACAUCCGCCGUAUGGAGCAUGUCUACGCCGAGAUCGUGACAAGAGGUGACCUAGCACUCGCAACAAGAGAACUUCGGCUCCAUCUGCGAGAGCAUGUCGUCUGGGAGAGGAAUACAGUAUGGCGAGAAAUGAUUGGCAUCGAGCGAAAGGCACAAGCAGCCAACAUGGGAAUCCGUCGGACUCUCCUCGGCGGUGAUCACGACCCGUCAACGGCACAGCGUCAAGGCGAUGUUGAAAGUAAAGGAACAGAGAUUCAGACACCUCUCGGUCGUUGGCGCUUUCCCGAAUGGGUGUGCAGUCUAUCGUUCUUUUCUUUGGUUGGUAUUAUUAUCGUUUUUGUCAUCUUGCUCUCGGUGCCGAUUAUGGAGAAACCCGAGCAGCAAAAUUGUUUGGCUAUGCUGGUGUUUGUCAGUCUGCUGUGGGCAACUGAGGUUAUUCCUUUGUUCGUUACGUCACUGUUGAUUCCUUUCCUGGUUGUUGUACUUCGUGUUUUGCGAUCGGAAGAAAAACCACAUGCACGUUUGGCACCAGAUACAGCAUUCAAAGUCGUCUUUGCGUCCAUGUGGACAUCAGUUAUUAUGUUGUUGCUUGGAGGAUUUACCAUUGCGGCGGCGUUGUCCAAGUAUGACAUCGCUCGUCGCAUGGCUACGUUUGUAUUGAGCAAAGCGGGAACGAGUCCUCGUAUUGUUCUGAUUACGAAUAUGUUCGUGAGUAUGUUUUUGAGUAUGUGGAUCAGCAACGUUGCUGCGCCGGUGCUCUGCUACUCGAUCAUUCAGCCCUUACUACGCAACUUGCCUUCGGAGUCCAACUUUUCUAAAGCGCUCAUUCUAGGAAUUGCAUUGGCAGCAAACGUCGGAGGUGCAGCGUCCCCAAUUGCCUCGCCGCAGAACAUCAUUGCUUUGGAGAACAUGUACCCAGCAAUCAGCUGGGGAACAUGGUUCUUCAUCUCAAUCCCCGUUUGCAUUCUGUGCAUUCUCGCAAUCUGGAUUAUUCUACUCGUCAGCUUCAAACCCGGUCGCGGCACAACCAUCGUCCCCAUUCGCCCCGUCAAAGACCGCUUCACCGGCACGCAGUGGUUCGUCACUCUCACGACCCUCAUCACGAUUGUCCUCUGGUGUUUCAACCACCAACUCGACAAAGUGUUUGGUGACAUGGGCGUUAUAGCCAUUAUACCCAUGGUUCUUUUCUUCGGCAGCGGUAUUCUGACGAAAGAAGACUUCAACAAUUUCCUCUGGACCAUCAUCAUCCUUGCUGCGGGCGGAUUGGUGCUUGGUAAGGCCGUCACGUCGUCGGGAUUACUGCAUACCAUUGCAGGCGCAAUCACAGAAAAAGUCGAGCAUUUCAGCCUCUACGGCGUUCUACUCGUAUUCUCCGCAUUGAUUUUGGUCAUGGCGACGUUCAUCUCGCACACGGUUGCGGCACUGAUUGUGCUCCCUCUCGUGCAACAAGUGGGCGUCGGAAUGGAGAACCCGCAUCCUAAUCUGUUGGUUAUGACGAGUGCAUUGAUGUGUUCUGUUGCAAUGGGAUUGCCUACCAGUGGAUUCCCGAAUAUGACGGCCAUUAUGAUGGAAAUCCCUGGCACGGGACAACGAUACCUUCGCGUCAGCCACUUCCUUACACGGGGUAUACCGGGCAGUCUCGUCUCAUUUGUGAUUGUGGUUACGAUUGGGUAUGUUUUGAUGAGUAUAGCUGGUUUGUAA